AUGAAGCCGCACUUAUGCGAUCAGCCGAUGAAUCUGACACGCCGUGCAUGCUGCCAACUUGUUCUUUUCCUGAAUGACACAGAACGGGUGAGUCCUUCAUCAUUGACGUCAGUCGAGUGUCUCCUAUUUCCACGUCUUCUCAAACUCUCUUGGGAUACUGUAAUUAGGGCUGCUCAAACAAACGACUGUAGGCCCUCCGAAAUCUCUUCCGGGCGCCCCUUUUUGGGCCGUUUCUGCUUCCUCAUCGGAGCACACACUCUCUCACCGAAUAAGAGAGUAUUUAUCAUGCGAGAUUUCUGUCACGGAACCCCCGUGGGAACUCAAAAUGCGCCGAUGCUCCCCGACAAUCAUAAUUGAUGUUUUCCUAACGCUGUUUUUGUGUUUCAGGUGCCGCCUUGCUCCCCAUCCUCUUUUCCGUCCACCACUAGUCGUGUGAGAAUGAGCAUCUCGGGAAGAAAUAAAGAAUGUUCCGGUUUUGCAGAAGCCGCCGAUAUACUUGGUGGAGCCAGUCGAAGAAUCGGAGGAUCACUUGACAUUCUUCGUGGGAAUCUUCAUGCUAAUGGUUAUUGCGUUGGCAUUCUCCAUCGGACUUAGCAAAAUGACAAAGCCGAAGUGAGAGGGAAAGCGGAGAAGGGAGAGAAAGUAAUUGGAGAAGUUGCAGGGUCUCAAUCAGUCGGUACAAUACUUCCAACUCUUCGUACGACAUUCUCAUGUGGCUGUCGAGUAAUCCUACGAACAGGUUAGAAUUUUGAAGAUGCUGAGCAUGAACUACAGUAAUCUCAUUCAGGUCGUCAAUGCUUCUUCUGCUCCGCUCAAUGUGCCGUACACCAACGACUCCAGACAGCAGCGUUUCGGUGGUUUCUUCGAAUGUUCCGUCAGUUUCUCUAUUUGAUUUCCAACGCCGUUCCUUCUUCUUCUUUCCAGACUUCUCCCUUCGUACCAACGUGCGAGCCAGUCGACCACAUCCAACACGCCUCCGCCCCCGUAUUCUGCCACGUCAUCCCUUGUCGCCUGA